GCACCCCGGGCCGCCAAAGAGGAGCAUACGAACUUAACUGCUGCUCCACCAGGCCAGCCCCUCUGCCUCAUUCUUUAUCCCAGCGGAGUUUGGUCUUUUGGAGCUCUGAGCCCCUCUGAACGUUCGAUGAAUGACAAAUGCACACAGGCACAUCACCCCAAUUUUUGUACAUGACUUUGGGUAGCGAUGCCUUACUGAGGCUGAUCUGACCCCUUCACCCUGUGCACGAUGGGGUGGAGGGGAUCACUGAAAUGGGUCCAGGAGGGUGGAAGGACUGUGAGCAUGACUUUCUUAUUGUUGGAAUGGGAAGACCCAUCUAUGGGGAGCCUCACUCAAAGGGGUCCUGGGUCACUGCCUCCGUUGUGAGACUCCCUGCUUGUUUCGAGAACCCAUCCUUGGGCUCCUUCUCAACAGGGGGCUCCUCUUCUAGCAUCCUCAUCAAGAUCACCUGACUCCACCAGCUGCCAACCCCCUGAGCAAUGCCAAGAGCCUCCUGGCCUCAAACAGGUUGGGCGACAUUCACUUCCUGGCACUGUCCUCCCGACCUGCUCAGUCAUUAGGAAAUGCCUCAGCGGCGGCCGUCACAAUGACAGCAGGAGGAGGACGUACUGCCUGCCCAACACUUCUGGGUGGCUCAGAUCUGCUCUGCGGAGGCCGCGGGUGGAGAGGUGGAUGCUGCUCUCCCUGGUCCCAGCCAAACAGGCUUGACUCCCUGUGGCUUUUGGCCAUUUCCAAAAUAUCAGACAUAUCCUCGAAGGAUGAAAUCUGCCCUCACCUAGGGUAAGCAGAAAGUUCUCUCGCUGCCCCAGGCAGCCCUGUAAGAAGAAUCUGAAGAAUGACUGAACUUGGCAGGUGGAGGAAUGAGCCCACAGCUCCUUGAUGUGACUAUGCAGAGGGCCAGGAGGCACUGGGAUGUCUAAGGCCCUGCCGUCCCGGAGCGGCCAUGUCAGAAGGGGAGAGCAAGGACAGCUUGGGCAGCGAGUGCCCCGUGUGCUACGAGAAGUUCCGAGAUCUGGAGGGCGCCAGCCGGACACUGAGCUGUGGCCAUAUGUUCUGCCAUGACUGCCUCGUCAAGUACCUACUCUCCACUCGCGUGGAUGGGCAGGUCCAGAGGACCAUCGUCUGUCCCAUCUGCCGCUACGUCACCUUCCUCAGCAAGAAGAGCUCCCGCUGGCCCUCCAUGCUGGACAAGAGCUCCCAGAGCCUGGCCGUGCCCAUGGGUCUGCCCACUGUGCCACCACUGGACACCAUGGGCCACACAAACCCCCUGGCCAUCUCUCAGCCUGUCUGGAGACCAUCCCCAAGUCAGAGUGCCCAGCUGCCCUUGGACCUGCUGCCCAGCCUGCCCCGGGAGCCACAGAUCUUCAUCAUCAGCCGCCAUGGGAUGCCCCUGGGGGAGCAGGACAGUGUCCUGCCGCGGCGCAGCGUGGCAGAGCUUUCUGAGGCAUCCCCGGCACCCAGCUCCACCCGGUCAUUCUGCUGCCGCUCCCGAGCCCUACUGCUUAUCACUCUCAUCGCUGUGCUGGCUGUGGUGGCCGCUGUCUUGCCCUGGGUCCUGCUGGUGAGGAAGUAGGCAUGAGUGGUGGCACCUGCAGGGGCCGCCAAGUGAGGCGGGGCCUGAGAGCUGCUCUGGAAGCUGCCCUGCUCCACACAGCUGGGCUGGCCAUGGCCUGGGAUGGGGCAGAGGGGCCCCACUGCAGAGCUGGUCCAACCAAGCCCUGAAGAGCGGGCGAGCAGAGAGAGGGCGUUAGGACGGUGCUGACUGGAAGUAUGGUGGCAUAUCCCUACCCCCAUUUCCUCGCUCCCACCAAAGGCUGAGGCCUGACAGAGAGGCUGGGGGCUGGUGAUCCCUGAGGCUAGAGCUGAGAUGAGCAGCUGAGCUCUGGGCUGAAAUGGAAACUCCAGGUUCCAGGCCAGGGUGAAAAUGUGAUGGAAGCCCCUCCUCAGAACCAACAGCCGUGGCCCCCUGGUGCAUCCUCAGCAGCUGCUUUCUCCUUCCUCUAGGCUAGAACUGAGCAGGGUGGGAAGAUGGGUGGUUCCCUUCCUGUAGGGUCACCAGCCCUGACAUACAGUCAUAUUCUGCCAGGUGACCUAACUGAAGCCAGGUGGGGCUUCCCAGGGACAAGGAAGCUCUGCUGGCAUGUCCUGCUGGGUCGAGGCUCAAUGGCAGGACUCCUCCAGGUCACAAUUCCCAUCCAGGAUGCUCUAGCUUGCUCUCAGGAACAAACAGAAGGGGCAGUGAAGGGGCCGAAAGGACAUGUUUCCCAGAACCUCACACCCAUCCACAACCCUCUCAGCUGGGCCAGUGUGCAUGCCUUUCCACCCCCAAGUCCUCCCACCUCCUACUCUCCAGCCUGAAACGUCUUCCCUGAGAGAGAAGCCGAUCACAGAGGCUGUGGCCCAGGAUUUCUGGGGGAA